UUUUGUUCAAGUCAUAUAUUUGCAGGAAGGCUCAGUUCAAGGUUAACCAAAUAGUGUAGUCAAUGGCUAGGAAUUUUGCAGAAGCUGUGCCUUUACCUGCUAAAGAACAGCAUUCUAUUACGUUUGUGUAUAAGACAAGACUACCUCAGACAUGUCAAAGUGUGAUGGUGACAUGGAGCAAGGACCUCGCCGACCAUUCUCUCUGCAUAAGUGUUGAAAACUCAUCACAACAAAACGCGUACAAUUGCAAGAUUGACUCAAUAUUCAAGCAAAGUUGGGGGAAAAAGGGCCUGAAAACCUUGGAAAUACAAGGGAAUCGAGUGGACAUAUUCUGGGAUUUCCGGCACGCGAAAUUCACCUCAUACCCACGACCUCGUUCAGAUUACUACGUUAUCUUGGUGCACAGAAAGGAGACGCUUUUGUUCCUAGGAGACUUAGAGAAAGAAGCCUAUGAAAGAACCAGGUCAAGACCAUGCUCAGAAGAGGCUGUUCUAUUGUACAAGAAGGAGAUCGUGUAUGGGAAGAAGAUGUUCUGCACGAAAGCGAUGAUUGAAGAAGGCAAAACAGAGCAUGACAUUGUGAUAGAGACAUCGCUUUCUGGGCCUGAAGAUCCCGAGAUGUGGGUGAGCAUAGAUGGAAUCGUCGCCACGAGGAUCAUGAACCUAAAUUGGAGGUUCAGAGGGAACGAGACGGUGAUCGUGAACAACUUGCCGGUGCAUAUAUUGUGGGACGUGCAUGAUUGGUUGUUCAAUGGUUCAGGGCAUGGCUUGUUCAUCUUCAAGCCAGGGUCUUUGGAAUCUGCAGAGGAUGAUUCUGAUAGUGGUGAUAGAGAUUGUUGUCCUGAAGAUAGUCCAACUUCUGAAGGUUGUUGCCAUUUUCUGUAUGCUUGGAACACUAACUAGUGACAUUAAUUGAUGAUUAGUUAGCUUUGUACUGAGAUGCUUUUUAGCAACAAUGCUUUUUAGCAGCAUUGUGAAGCAUCCCAAAUUCAGAAUGAAAUGUAGAAUACAUUACUGUUUGGUGACCGGGACAAGGUAAAU